UUUUUGAGGAAAAUCCAGUUUCCAGAUUCUGGCGCGUUAUCGUUAAGCGGAACCACCACUUCAGUCUUCACAGAUGCUAAGUCAUGAACAUAAAUCUUUCUUAAGAACCCCCAUUAACUUCCAAGUAGAAGGGCUAAGCGACUCUCUAGUCUCGUAACUCAGAUGCUCUCUUUCUCUCCAACGCGUCGUCUUGUGCAAUUUUAGUUUCCUUCCAUACAGACUUACUUCACUCAACGCUAGUUAGUGCAGAGACAAAAGCGGAGACGAAAAUUUCUAGUUUUGGUUUCCAGCUAUGGCUUCUUGGUCUCUUUUCCCGGGGACUUCUGUCACCGGACCCCGCUGCGAUACGGAUGGGUUCUUAUUCUUGGGUAGGCGUUCGGUGGCCCGAGUAAAGAGCCAAGGGGCCUCGGUUUGCUGCUCCUUGGACUCUUUGGAUACCAAAGUCUCUGACAUUAGUAUUAAUGGUGGGUGCAGAUAAAAAUUUACUUGUGAAGGAUCAUACUCACACUUUUAUAAACAUAGGCGGUCAAAUUGGUGGUAAGAUUUUCAAUUGGAGCACCGUUACAUGGGAUUGGUGUAUUUUUAUCUACGAAUCAGCUUAAGACUUAUGAUAAAGCAAGAAAUGCUGUGGCUCUUGCCCUGAGUCCAGUUGUGAGGGCCCUUGUUGAUCCAGAUGGCGCAAGGAGUGACAUAUGGAAUUUGGACAGUGAGGAGAUCUGAAAAUGAAAUUGCCUGGAGAGAGGUGAUCAGCUUCUCUGAUUGGUUCUUGUCAAAAGGUGGCACACAGAUGAGUAUUCAGAGAAUGUGGGAUCCUGUCGCCUAUGCCCUUGGCUUUAUUGAUUGUGAUAAUAUCAGUGCACGUUGCAGACUAAUUAUUUUCUCAUUGUUUGCCACUAAGACGGAGGCUUCCCUACUACGCAUGCUCAAGGGUUCUCCAGAUGUUUACUUGAGUGGUCCUAUCAGUAAUAUAUCACAGACAAAGGGGGCAGAUUCCAUCUUAGGUGGGGAUGUAGACAAAUAUGUGUUUGAUAAAUCCGCCCAUGGAGACACAUAUGUUAUGGGACUUGCUACGUCAAAGGCUACUAAUAAGCUAAUUGUGAAAGCUGAUGCUUAUGUUGCAGCAUAUGAUGUCCCUGUAAUCAAAAGAUUACUUCCAACCCAGUGGAGGGAAUUGGAGUUUUGCAAUAAUAUUUACAAACUAGUAGGACUGCCUGUUGUCACAGUGCAACUAAGAUACAGUGAUUGGGUCAUGGAGUUGCAGGAUCUGGAACGGUCAAGGCAAUUAAGGCAAGCGGCAGGGCUAGAUAACCUUCUUUAUACUCCGGAUGCAGAUUUCUCUUUCUUUGCAGACCUAGCUCUUGCAUCUCCAGAAGAUUGCUACAUUGAGGGACAAGGUUCAUUGCUCCAGUUUUGGCUUUAUUCCCAAAAAUUUAUUCCUUUCUGGCUCAUAUACAAGACAGGUAACUUAACAGCCCUUGAAUCUCUUCUCACAUAAUGUUGGUUGUUACUUGCAUAAAACUGUAGAACAUUUGCGAUAGCAUCUCCUUCAGAAAGGGUCAUCAUCUAGGAUUUGUAAUGAUGCAUUAGAGAAUAACAUGGUCAUGGAAAAUGUUUUUCAGUUAAUUACUAGGACAGCAGUUUAUGUCUAUAUCUUUUGGUGGCUGAUUAUUUCGUGUUUAGAUGAAGCUAGCCCCUUUUCUUCUCUGCAUUUUCAUUCUUUUUGUUUUACUUAUCAAAUCCUUUUCCUCUC